AUGUCUGAUCCAAUGAAGACUACCAAGCCGUUAACACCUGGCAUUGACGAGCUAGACUCAGUACUCCCCCUGGAUUUGCAACCAGCGGACCCAGUGCCUAUUCCAGCCAUAUCAGGCCAGUCAUCCCCUGCCACAGGUGAGUUUACUCAGUCCCAAGUUGACUAUUCGUCAAACAAGCCCCAAUACAUGGGGCAAAAUUACGCCCCAGAAAUGAUGGCACCUAUGCAGGCACCACCAUACCCAAUGUUUGCCCCAGGCAUGUGGGGGUAUAAUCCCCACAUGCAGCAAGAGCCAGUGAGACCACCCAUUGCAGCCUCGAAUGACUCAAUACUAGGUGACCUUCUUAAGGAAGCAAGUCAACGAGUCCACCUUUUGGAAGGCAAACUCUCCCGAUCUCGCAACAAGGCCAAUAACCUCAGAAAUGAGAAUAAGGAACUACGGGAGAAUUUCCACAGGCUCGAGAUUGAGAAAUUCUUCCUGUCACCAAUCAUGGCUCUGAGACAAGUGCAACAACCUUGA